CGAACCCACCUCGAUAUCGGACGGAAUCACCAGCUAGCUAGCCACAGCCUCUGAAACCACGAACUUUUGGAGCACGCACGCAACAGCCGUCGCUAAGCAAUCUGCAGGGAGAAGGAGAGCUAGCACAUCAAUGGCGAGCCUUGGGUUGGGCUUCUUCGUCGCCGCCGUCGUGUCCGCGGUGGCGCUCAUGCCGCCGCCUGCUGUCGCGCAGCUGAGGCCGUACUACUACGCCGGCAUCUGCCCGAACCUGGAGGUCAUCGUCCGGAGCUCCGUCAAGCAGUCCAUGGCGCAGUCCCCGAUCUCGGCGCCCGCCGCGCUCAGGCUCUUCUUCCACGACUGCGCCGUCAGGGGCUGCGACGCGUCGAUCAUGAUCGUGAACUCGAACGGCGACGACGAGUGGCGCAACCCCGACAACCAGUCGCUGAAGCCGGAGGGGUUCCAGGUGAUCCUGAACGCCAAGGCCGCCGUCGACAGCGACCCGCAGUGCCAGUACAAGGUGUCCUGCGCGGACAUCAUGGCCCUCGCCGCGAGGGAGUCCAUCGCCCAGAGCGGCGGGCCGUACUACGAGGUGGAGCUCGGCCGGUACGACGGCAGGGUGUCGACCAAGGCCAGCGUCGUGCUGCCGCACGCCAACUUCACCCUCGACCAGCUCAACGCCUUCUUCUCCGGCCUCGGCUUCUCCCAGUCUGAAAUGAUCGCCCUCUCAGGCGGCCACACCCUCGGCGCCGCGGACUGCCCCUUCUUCCAGUACAGGAUCGGCACCGACCCGAGCAUGGACCCCAGCUUCGCGUCGCAGCUGAGCAGCACCUGCAGCUCCAACCCCAGCAGCGGCUUCGCCUUCCUGGACCCCUCGCCGGUGACCUUCGACAACGCCUUCUACCGGAACCUGCAGGCCGGGAAGGGGCUCCUCGGCUCCGACCAGGUGCUCUACUCCGACGUGAGGUCCCGCGGCACGGUGAACUACUACGCCACGAACCAGGGCGCCUUCUUCGGCGACUUCGUGGCGGCCAUGACCAAGCUCGGCAGGGUCGGCGUCAAGACGGCGGCCACCGGCGAGAUACGCCGAGACUGCCGGUUCCCCAACUAGUUGCUACCGGCCAGCCGAUCGACCUCGCCGCUGGCUGGUUAAUUUGACGACGCACAUCAUUGAACGUUUGAUACAUGCAUGUACCAUUAGUAUAGUAUAUAAAGACUGUAAUUAAAUAAGCUCAUGGCUUUGAUUCAUGGGGCCUGAUGUGUAUAAUACAACCCUCCUUGUGA